AAUAAUUUUCGUUCAGUUUACAAAGUUCCUUUCCAUCUCAAACUCCUCUUUGACACUAACAACAUAUCAAUCUUAAAAGCCAAAUACAAAUUAAUUAACACACACUAUGCCCUUUCAAAAUUAACUACCAUGCCCAUCAGAAUUUCCAAUAGAGUAAUAAUAAUACAAAAAAAACAAUGGAGAAUAUUAGGAUUUUUUUCAAGUAUCAUUGGACUAAUUUCUUAUGCACUUAGCUCUUCUUUUAUUCAUCUUUUUGGAGAGUGGAACUUCAUCAAAAUCAUUAUUUACGCUAUGGUAAGUUUCACUAUCAGUGUCAUGAUGUUAUUUUUGAAAAAAUGGAAACUUUCUAGGAGAUUCUUGCUAAAAGCUCAUUUGGGUGUUCUUGUUUUGUUGCUCACAUCUUUGUACUCUUUUGUAUCUGAUAAUAAAGCUUUGAAUGGAAAACCAGACCUAUUGAGUCUAAUUUCUUCUGCAUCUUUUGCUUUAAUGUCUUUUUGUUUAUCAAGGCAAAUUGAUCUUGGAUUUGAAUCUGAUCUUCUUAAUUUCUUCCUUGGAUGUUUAACUCUUCAAUUGAUGAAGAUAAAUUUGAUGCUAUCUAUUGUUGCUGCAAUCUUCUGUUAUUCUCUUAUGGUUCUUCGUUCGAAAUUUGAGUCUCGCCCCGCGAUUGGUAAUUUAAGAAUGGAAGAUGAUGUAGCCAUAGAAAUAUUUGAUGCUGAAGACAACAACAAUAGAAAUGAACUGAAAAAUUAUAGUAAUGGUAACCAAAAAAAUGAGUCUUUAAGAAGAAGGGUGCAUGAUGAUGAUGGAUAUAAUUGGAAAAAAUAUGAAGAGAAAUUAGAAAAAGGAAGUGAAAAUCAGAGAAGUUAUUACAAAUGUAAUUGGCCUAAUUGUGCUGUGAAGAAAAAAGUUGAGAGAAAUAUAGAUGGUGAAAUUAUUGAGACACAAUAUAAAGGUACACAUAAUCAUUAUAAGCCUAAGUCUGCAAUGAAGAGGAAUUCAUCAUCUGAAUUUGUUUAUUCACUUUUACAAUCAAAGACUUUCCACACUGACUUGCCAGAUCAAUUACUUGCUUCUCAAGGCAAUGAACAAUUGGAUUCUGAUGCAGAACCUGAAAGCUCCUCAGUAUCAAUAUGAAGUGGUGAUGUUGAAGCUGAGAAAAAAAAAAUGAGUAUUGUUUCAAGGAAGUUGUGUGUCAGUAUAAGAAAGGGAAGAUUUUUGUAAUAGUUGAUUUAAAUGUGGUGCCUAAACUAGUUAUGUGUAUAAAUAUAACUUAAUUUGAUUGUGUUAGUAAUUCAAUAACAAUUUAGAAUUUCAUUUUCACUA